AGUUCCCCCAUCUCCCUCUCCACAAUCACGCACUUGCUUGACGAUUCUUGAACUUGAAGCGGCUCUUCGUCUUUGGGGGAGGCUUUUCGUUGUUUUUGCAAGGAAACCGCUCGGGAAGCAAAAGAAGAAAUGGAUGUUCUGCAUUUCUUGUUCGGUGUCUUUGGAAACGCCACUGCUCUGUUCCUCUUCUUGUCGCCGACGAUAACAUUCAAAAGGAUAAUAAAGAGCAAGUCCACAGAGGAGUUCUCAGGCAUUCCCUAUGUCAUGACCCUCCUCAACUGCUUGCUUUCUGCUUGGUAUGGCCUUCCGUUCGUGUCGCCGAACAACCUUCUGGUGUCGACGAUCAAUGGAACCGGCGCCGCGAUCGAAUCCGUGUACGUCGUGAUCUUCCUCAUCUUCGCCCCAAGGAAGGAGAAGGCCAAGAUCCUGGGCCUCCUCGCCUUCGUGCUCGGCGCAUUCGCCACCAUCGCCUUCGUGUCCCUCUUCGCUCUCCACGACCACGCGAGGAAGCUCUUCUGCGGCAUUGCAGCCACCGUCUUCUCCAUCAUCAUGUACGCUUCGCCCCUGUCGAUCAUGAGGCAGGUGAUCAAGACAAAGAGCGUGGAGUACAUGCCCUUCUUCUUGUCCCUAUUCGUCUUCUUAUGUGGCACUUCCUGGUUCAUCUAUGGCCUCCUCGGCCGUGACCCGUUUGUCGCCGUGCCCAAUGGUUUUGGAUGUGGGCUUGGGGCAGUGCAGCUGAUAUUGUACGCCAUUUACCGUGACAACAAAGGCGAGCCCAAGACGAGAGUGAACAACGACCGGUCCAUGGAUAUGAUGGGCGAGACAGGGAAAGCUGCCGAACGUGACCCAGGGAAGGAUCAGCUCAAUCCGAUGAACAAACAAGUAGAUGAGCAGGUUUAGAUGAUAUAUGCACCAGUGACAUCGUCAGUUAACACCUCGCAUUCCAUGAACUUGUUUGUACACUCGAAUCGAACCCGACCGAGAAUCUUCGCUAGCUCAGCUCUGUGGUCCAAACACGCAGGAGCUACUACUUUUUAGCUAAAUCUUUCCGUUCGCCUCGAAAAGUUUUUUGGUAUCUUGAUC